CUUCGUAAUCUCCUCUGGGCAACAAAGUCAAACGGUUGUGAGGUAUCGAACAUUGCCACGAAAUCCUUGCCUCAGUCAGCGGCCAUGUCAGGAUUUGCUUGCAUGGCACACGUAAUUGAGCUAGCCAAGGUGGUGGCCUAUCGAGUAUGGGCUGAUGCUCCGCUCGCAUCCUUGAGACAAUUGCCUGACAUCGGAAAGGACUACGCCAGCCAGUUAGCAGGAGCGGGUGUAGCUUCAUUAAAAGACAUCGAGAGAGUUGGGCCAAGAUGCAUUGAACAGAUUCUUCGUCGACAGCCACCUUUUGGUGAUCGUGUAUAUGGAAGUGCCCUCGAAGUACCAAAAUAUGAGCUGGCUGCAGAACAGUUGACGACAAGUGCUACUGAUCAGGUGGAGUUCGAGUUCGCUAUUCGUCUAACAAGAUCUUGCAAAUUUGAUCAAGUAGCUCUAAUGGUUGCCGAUGACAAGAAUCGUAUCAUUUUCAAAACUGUUCUCUCGACAAAGGUGCUUGAAACAUCGGGUGGAUGGUCACAAAUUGUAGUCGUUCACUAUGAUCCAACUGUCCAUUAUCUCUUUACGAGCCUCAUCAGCUUCAAUUUUCUGGGAAUCGAUUUGAACAUUAACUUCCCGAUUCCUUGGCCAGAAUCCACAAAUGUUCCUUUCAGUCAAGGAAUACCUGCUAAGCCCACAAUUGACAGAAGUAUUGAUGUCCCUCUGCCGGUAACAGUUAGCCCGUACUUCUCUAGCGCACCUACUUUAGCAAAAACAAAAAGGCAACGUAAAGGGACAGCACUCGUUCCUAACCUUAAAUCAAGAACGAUAAAGGGAACAAAGCCUCCAAAGACGUCACAGAAAUCAGAAGCUGCGAUGUCGACACCAAAGGUGACGAAUGACGGAUUCAAGCAGACGAAUAUUAUGAAUUUCUUCAAGGCAACCAAGUCGCUUACGGAGCAUGCAUCAAAAUGUGAACAAGCAAUAAGCCCCAUUACAAAGACCGGAAUCCUUCCAGAUGAAUCAAUUUUCAACAUUUCUGAAGCAAACUUUUCAGAAAUACAUUCAUCACUUCUAAUCCCUUUCACACCUGACCCACCAUCAGUUCAAUCCUCGCCUCUCAUCAAGAGUACUUCUGAAAUACAACCACCGCAUAAGAAAAUCAAGUGGGGUAAUGGCGAUGAUGAGGAGAUUAGCCCAGAGACUGAUAAGAUGGUUGAGGAAGAACUUUGUUCAUUUCUUUCCACUGUGGAAGCCACAGAAGCAAAAGAAAGUUCAGUCAACGCCCCUACUUUGCCUGUUGAUCUAGACGCUGCUGGUGAUAAUCUCAAAUCUUUGGAACCUAACGGGUAUUCUACUCCUGUAAUGUCCUCAACACAAGAUAGGAAUCAAGGAGAUAAACUCAGCUUCAUUCCUUCUUUUCGCGGGAACCAUACUAUUUCACCAAUAUUCCCACUCGAUACGAGGCAUUCUUUGAAAGGGGAUUCCUCUGCAAACCCAAAGAUCUUAAAUCGAACGCCUUUCAUCCAUGAACCCUCCGAUCAAUCUUUAAUCGAAUUUAAGACGCCAAAAGACAUGCAAUUGUUCACUUCCCUCGACGACCCUGAUGAUUAUUCACCUCCACCAAAUGAGAAAACAAACCGUUCCGUUUUCAAAGUUCCAUUUAGUGCAACGCCAACGAGACAUCCUCUAAAGCAAAUUCUAGCACCAUCCACUCAAACCCCUAGAACUACCAAUUCAGCGAAGUUAUUCAAGAAGGUAUCGUUUAGUAUUUUACUGCCAAAAUCAGAGAGCGGUUUUGGCGAUACUGGUUACGGAUCAUCACCGAUUUCGAAAGAAACAAGGGGCACUGUUGUGCCCAUGAUUAAAGAGGUUACGGAAGGUCCCUUGACAGCAAAUGAAUCACAUGUGGAAAGAAGGCCAAGAACGACAGAAGUAAAAGAAAAGACGGUUAGAAAAGGAUUGUUAAAGGCACCACCUUCGAUUGAGGUCGACCUUGAACUUCUUAGAGAAGGCUGGGAUCAGUUGGCAACAUUUAUCUACUGUUACAAUAUUCUCAAAAAAUUCGCGCCCAGCACACCACCUCACAAUCCCAACGAUCGUGAAUACCCCAAGGAUACGUGUGCCCCUUCUACUGUAGAUAUCAACUCUGCCAUUGGAUGUUCAUCUCCCAGAGAUCGAUCUCCGAUUCCUUCUGAGCUGAAAUCCAAUACAGUCGAUUCAAAGGAAACACCUCAAGUUGAAGAAUAG